UUGGUUUUUUUUUUUUUUUCGCUUCUCGAUGUUUCAUUCAUUUCUAUUUUUGGUUAAUUGUUUUUUCUUUAAUUGCGCUGAUUGAUAACAAUUAAAUUGUUCUCUUGGUGGUUGAUUGAGAUUCUGUUCUUUUGGACCAAAGUUGUUGUAUUCGAGUUUGUAUCUAUUGAUUGUUGUCAUUUCAUUUUCCUUUGUGAUGAAUAUUAGUUUAACUCUUUGUUGAUAUUGAGACUUUUUCUAAUUGUUAUCUAAUUGUCUUAAUUUCUUUAAUUGGAUUUAUUUGUACAAUGUAAUUAAGAUGCCAUAGAAAUUUCCAUGUGAUUAUUCAAGGUGAAUUUAAGUCAAUUGUGAUUCUCAGGUGAUUAAUCAUGGCUAAAGUGAUCGGUAAAUUGCCUAGAAAAAUACCGAUUCCAGGAAUUAAACAUGUGAUCCUCGUCUCAUCGGCUAAAGGAGGUGUCGGUAAAUCAACGGUCUCGGUGAAUUUGGCCUUAGCUUUGAAAGCCGUUGAGAGGUCAAGUAAAAUUGGCCUUCUUGAUGCUGAUGUUUUUGGUCCGUCGAUUCCCAAAUUGAUGAACCUUUCAGGUCAACCAGAGAUUACCAAUCAAGGGCUAAUGGUUCCCCUGGUUAAUUAUGGUUUACAUGUGAUGUCAAUGGGAUUUUUGGUAGAGGAAAAGAAAGCCGUUGUUUGGAGAGGACUUAUGGUCAUGUCGGCGAUACAGAAAUUACUUCGUGGAGUGGCCUGGGGUCCAUUAGAUUAUCUAAUAGUUGAUAUGCCACCAGGAACAGGGGACACCCAAUUAUCGAUCACUCAAAAUAUUCCCGUCUCUGGUUCCAUUGUGGUCACUACUCCCCAGGAAAUUGCUCUUCUUGACGCUCGACGAGGUAUCACAAUGUUCAAUCAGGUCGGAGUUCCGAUACUUGGACUGGUUGAAAAUAUGUCGAUUUUUAUUUGCGAAAAGUGUGGACAUGGAACUCACAUUUUCGGACAUUCAGGAGUCGAAAAUCUUUCCCGUGAAGAGAAAGUCCCACUUUUAGGAUCGAUCGCCUUGGACCGAUCGCUUCGGGAAAGCUGCGAUUCCGGAAAACCGAUUGUCGUGGCUCAACCCGAUUCCAAAUCUAGUCAAUCAUUUACAAAACUCGUUCACAAUUUAAUCAACCAUUUACCUGGUCCAUUACCUAGUUAACUGUCCUCAUCGUUUUUGACAAAAUUCACUCUCUCUCUCUCAUGAACCCUGAGGCUGAAUUUUGAUAAUUAAAACUCAAAAGUUUUAUUUUAUCAAAUUUUACAAAAU